AUGUUACAACCCAUGCCGUCACACGUUACACACGUGGCGGCUAUGCAUCCCCUUCGUACCAUGGUUGACUCGCAUUUAAAACGCUCACCUUUGCUUUGUGGCUACCCCAGCAAGAAAUGCUGGAGCUGGCGCGUUGAGAAACGCAAUGGUGAGUUGCAUAAGUUUUGCGAAUAUCAUCGUCAAAAGGCCAAUACGAACCAACGGCGCAUGGAACAGCGUCGUAAACAAGGCCGCUCAGCAUCGCCACGUGCCAAGGAUAGUAACGGCACGAGGCGGUCACUCAAGGUCUCGGCUGACUUGAAGCGUGAGGUCGUGGUCAAGAUCGAGCGAUCGGUGGUCAUUCCAAAAUCCAUCACGCAUCCCAAAGCUGUGGCUGCCAUGUUCUCAUGGAUGGACGCCGAGCUGGACAUUGGCAUCGGUAUGGACGCUGCGGUGGACUACAUGAUGGUGGAAACCCCUGUGAUCGACAUGGAACCGUCUAGCACACCUGUGGACCUGUUUGAGGAAGAUUUAUUCUUUCUUGAGCACUUUAUUGACGAGAUCUCGCACAGUGCCGUGUAA